AUGGCGAUCUGGGAUUCGUUCAGCGGCCAGAAGCAGUCCAACGGACCCGAGGUCCUUGACCCUUCGACACAAGAUGCCACUUCUUUCCUCUCCGAGAUCGGCAAUGAUGCUUCUCGUCUUCACCCAUUGUCUGGCUUGAACCAGGAUACCCUCGACUACCUUACCCUUGAUGACUCCGCCCUUGAUGACAUGCCCGGCUCGCGAUCGGUUUUGCCAUCCCGAGGAUGGUCGGACGACUUGUGUUACGGAGCUGGAACCACCUACCUUGCCGGUCUCACAGCUGGAGGUGUAUGGGGACUUGCUGAAGGACUGAAGCGCACACCAGAGACAGCGCCCCCGAAGAUCCGUCUGAACGGUGUUCUCAACUCGGUUACCCGGAGAGGACCGUUCCUCGGAAACUCCGCUGGAGUUGUGGCCAUGGUAUAUAACGGGUUGAACUCGGGAAUUGGAUAUGCACGAGGGAAGCACGAUUCCGCCAACAGCGUUGUUGCCGGUGCACUGAGUGGAAUGGUUUUCAAGAGUACCCGAGGUCUUAAGCCCAUGAUGAUCUCCGGUGGUAUUGUGGCCAGCAUCGCGGGCGGCUGGGCUGUUGUGCGAAAGGCCUUCCUGUAA